GGGGCCGGAUCUGGGCGGAGAGUCUGCCACCUGCACCUCCAGAGCUAGUGGACACGGAACCCGGACCCGCUCUCCAUUUCGGUGCCCUUGUCACCAAACAAAUCCAACGGCAAACCGAGCCCAGACCCUGGCGUAGGUCCUGAGGGAAUGAGUGAUGUGUCCUGUUGAACGUUUCCAGUGGCCCCGAAGCCCCCACUCACUUGUCCUCUGCCUCCUGCUCAGGCGUUAGCCCUGGGGGGAUGGGUAAACUGGGAGCUCAUGGUUCAGCAUGGGGGUCGGGGUCCUAAAACUGGUAUUUGACAAACAUUUUUUUAAAGGAGAGUUGUGGGAACAGUUAGGCGGUCACUGUUCAGCGUCCUUCAGUGUAGGUGUGUGUGAGUACCCGUUGAUGUAAGCUUGCUUCCUUUCCCAGUCAGUAUUUCUCAAGUUGCUCAGGAAGGUUUUUUGCAUGGGACUGUGUUGUAGGAUGCUCGGCGGCAUCCCAGGUCCCAGAGUCUGGUGUGGGUGGGGGCGCGGCUAGCACCUGCACUGAGAACCAGUAGGAUCACUGUACGGCCAUUUUCUCCACGGUUAGUGACAUCAGCUGCUCACUGCCUGCAGGAAGGGUGUUUCGGAAGCUCCACCACGGCUGUUAGUAAGCCACGUUUCCAAACACGACUUACCUACCCUCACUGGAGUGCCAAGGGUGUACUUGAAAAAAUCAUACACACACACGUACACACAAAUAGAAUAUAAGCAUAUACAUGGAUCAUACAUAAAAUUCCUGCCUAUGGCCCUUGACGUUUAGCAUGUGGGCUUGCCAAAGCUGCACCAGUAGUUUUUUUAAAAGAUGGGUUAAUUUUGUAAAGGUCCUGGUGACUUACUCUAAGAGUAGGUUUUCAUUAAAGGAUUCAGUACACUUAAUGAUAUCCUCAAAGGGUUUGCUUUGGCCAAUAGAGAGUCAUUUUCUCCCUUGACCUUUGAGAAGACAAAAUGCGCUUUUAAAUAUUCAGCAUUUUGCUAUGACACAUUAGUUUUUAUUAGAGGUUGGCUCCUUGUAUAAUUGCUGUAACUGUGCAGCUUAGCCCCAUGAAACUCAUUACUCUUUAUUGUAGGGAUGUUGUUGACAUGAUUCAUUAUCUCACAGUAUUCUCCCCUUUAUAAGGACCCAUAGGAGAAAUUUCUCCUGGGUCUCAGUGUUCACAGUACCUGUGAUUCUCCCAGGCUGAUUUUGGUUUUUUAUCUCAGGAAAGACAGAUCAUUUAACCAUCUGUUUCCUAUUUUGUAAUGUCUGUUGGGUAGCUCAAGGGCUGAUCUGACACUCCAUCUCUGUGAAAGUGUAGGGCCUAUGGCUUGUCUUGGGAUAUAACCUUACCUGUAGCUUCAUCAUAUCUUUUCUACCAUAAUUUGCCCUUACCACUGAACUCAUUUCCUUAAAUAAUUUUGUUCUUUUAUAAACCUUAAAUCAUUUUCUACAAUGAAACAAGACACACACACACACACACACACUGACACAGUUUAGAAUGGCAACCUCUGCAACUCUUGAGCAUUGCAGGUUAGACUAUGCAAUACCCUUGGUACCACUUAAAAUCCAGAAAGGCUGGAGGAGGGGGAAUGAGGGGAAAACAAGGGCAGAGGUUAAGGAAGGAUAUGAGAAAGAGAGGCAUAUGGCGGUGGGUGGUAUGAUACCACAAGUAACUUAUUCCUAUUCUGAUUAGUGUUAAGGCAAAAUUAAAUUUAAAGCUAAAAAUUGUAUAUUGAAAGCUGAUUGCUGUGUCCAGGGGUAGAUUUAGAAAAAGGAGGCAAAAGAGAUUUUCUUGUAGAAAAGUCCUAUUCUACAAUUCUAUUUGAUGAAGGCACAGAAAAGCCAGUGCCCCCUAUGUAGUUUUGAAGGAUCUUGUUUAUACAUAGACAUAUGACCUUAAUUUAUCUUUCUGGAAAUUCUGUACAAAAUAUUUACUGAAUUUUACAGGAACAAGUUUUGUUUGGUUGCUUGAUUUUUCCUUCUUUGUUUUUAGUAUGAUCCUAGAGUUCUUGGCAGGGCUUUUCUCAUGGGUUUCCUUAAUAGUACCAUAUCACUCAUCUGCACAUAAUCUACUGUGUGUGUGUGUGUGUGUAAUUAGCUCAUUUUUGUUAGAAUAAAUGCCUAGAGAUUAAACUCAAGCUAACAAUUUCAAUAGGAGAUAGGUUUAUUCUUAGAAACUACAGUUAUCUCAUGAAUAUUUCAGUAAAAAUGUAUACUGUAAGACUUUGUUUUUCUUCAUUAUAGUUGAUAUUACAGACAUCCUGCCAAAAUGAUUUCUUCAAAGCCCAGACUUGUCGUACCUUAUGGCCUCAAGACUCUGCUUGAAGGAGUCAGCAGAGCCGUUCUCAAAACCAAUCCACCAAACAUCACCCAGUUCGCAGCAGUUUAUUUUAAAGAACUUAUUGUGUUUAGAGAAGGGAAUACUUCUCUGGAUAUAAAAGAUCUUGUUAAACAAUUUCAUCAGAUUAAAGUAGAGAAGUGGUCAGAAGGAAUGACACAAGAGAAGAAAGCAGAAUGUAUGAAAGAAAAGGAAGGAACAUCUAUAGUUUCCCAAGAACCUACACGGAUGGAGAAAUCCACGGACACAGAAGAGGACAAUAUCACUGGACCACUGUUUAUGAACAAAACCACUCAGUUCCCAUCAGUUCACUCGGAGGUGCCCCAGGAGCCCGAGGAGACACCUGAAGCAGCUCGUGGUUCCACUUCGAAACUGUCUACCCCGAAGAUGACGACCCCACCGUCAUCACCACCUCCUGCAGCUGUGUCACCAGAGUUCGCUUACAUCCCAGCAGACCCAGCUCAGUUUGCUGCUCAGAUGUUAGGUAAAGUUGCAUCUGUUCAUUCUGAUCAGUCUGACGUGUUAAUGGUGGACGUGGCCACGAGUAUGCCUGUGUUUUCCGACGAGGCGCUGAGCUCAGAGGCUGUCGAAGAUGCUGGGGCGGCCACUCCUGCUGCGUGUUCUGCAGAGGGGUCAGUCCUUCAGGUUCUGAGCCAAACAGCUGUCCGUGUAGAUUUGGGUUCUAAACCUAAAGACGAUGAAGCUGAACCAGCAGCGGCUUCCUCCUUCCCCUUGCAGGAUGAACAAGACCCUCCUGCUUACGACCAAGCUCCCGAGGUCCCUUUGCAGGCUGAUAUUGAGGUCACCUCCUUCGUUCACAUAUCAUCUAUCUAUAACAAUGAGCCUGUGAUUGAAGGAGUCGCUUACGUGGAGCAAAUACCAGAACACAUAGUUAUCCCUUUUACUGAUCGCGUUGCUUCUCUUAAAGAACAUGAGCCACCACUUAGUCCCGUACCUGUAGCCCUUGCCACGGGCAUGUCUGAGACAGCUGUGCGUUCCGUAAAACAGCUGGAGGAGGAUAGUUCCUCAGUCCAUAUGGAGGCAGAAGCAACAGUUCUGCUCCCUGACACCUCUUUGGAAGGUCAGCCUGCACAGCUCCCAGAGGCGGAGGGCUCCACCCAAGCAGUAGGCUCUGAAAAACCUCUGAGCGUUGCAAUGGAGUUCACUGCCCUAGUCCCUGACAACCCUGGGCAAGAGUCCUGGGGAAACUCUGCAGCCCAGGAGAUGGAGGUCAAACUAAUGCUCUCUGGGGAAGCUGCCACAGCAGUGCUCUCGGCUGCGCAGGGAAGGGCAGCGGGUGGUGCCCCCCCUCCUCCUCCAGAAGGUCUUACUGAGCCAGACCCCGAACCACAGCGGGAAGCAGCACUUGAACAAGGUUUGACGGAGCCAGCCAUAGCAGCAAGCGAAGCAGGACAACCACCACCAUACUCUAACAUGUGGACCCUUUAUUGUCUAACUGAUAUGAAUCAGCAAAGUCGCCCAUCACCGCCACCUGCACCUGGGCCUUUCCCCCAAGCAACCCUCUAUUUAUCCAAUCCUAAGGAUCCACAGUUUCUGCAGCAGCCACCGAAAGUUACUUCUCCAACUUACGUGAUGAUGGACGACAGCAAGAAGACCAGUGCCCCACCUUUUAUUUUAGUAGGCUCGAAUGUUCAGGAAGCUCAGGACUGGAAACCUCUUCCUGGACAUGCUGUUGUUUCUCAGUCAGAUGCCUUGAAGAGAUAUGCUGCAGUCCAAGUACCCAUUGCUGUUCCUGCAGAUCAGAAAUUCCAGAAACAUACCCCAAAUCCCCAGAAUGGUAGUCCUCCUCCAAGUGGACAAGAUGUCCCCAGGCCACAAAGCCCAGUUUUUCUUUCUGUUGCAUUCCCAGUAGAAGAUGUAGCCAAAAAAGGUUCAGGAUCUGGUGACAAACGUACUCCCUUUGGAAGUUACGGUAUUGCUGGAGAAAUAACCGUGACUACUGCCCAUGUUCGCAGAGCAGAAACCUAAAACUGAUGCUGCAUACGAUGCCGUUUGAGCCAACGUUCAAGGUGGAGUCUGCCACCGAGCGUACUUUGUCAAUAAACUUCCAGCAAGCAUAAAA